GCCUUUAUCCUUUUUGAAAGCCCACUUGGAGAAAACCAAAAUGUUAAAACUUAAAAGCGUCCAUUCCGGGAGCCUCCACUGUCCUUAUGCACGCGCCGGGACCAAAACUCCAAGACCCAGCCGCGAACAUGGGAGUCCUCCAGAGACUCAGUUCAGAUGAGCUCCGAUUCUUCAACUCUCAAGGGUAUCUUGUGCUGGAGUCGUUUUCCACGGCAGAAGAGAUCGAAUCGAUGAUGGUGAGAAUGGAGGAGCUGCUUGACGGGUUUGAUUGUUCCUCCACCACCUCGAUUUUUUCCACCAAGAAUCAGAAGGAAACUAGUGACAGUUACUUCUUUGAAAGCGCUGAGAAGGUUUCGUUCUUCUUUGAAGAGAGGGCAUUUGGGGAUAACGGUAAAUUGAAACAGCCAAAGCAUCUCUCCAUAAACAAAGUUGGCCACGCUUUGCAUGAAAUUGAUCCCGUGUUUAAGAAGCUCUCUAGUCCAGAAAAAGUUUCUGGGCUACUCCAGUCUUUGGGUUAUCAGCGGCCAGUGGCUCUUCAGUCCAUGUACAUAUUUAAGCAACCGGGUAUUGGUGGUGAAGUUGUACCACACCAGGACAACUCAUUUCUUCAUACUGAACCACGAAGUUGUACAGGCUUGUGGCUGGCUUUAGAGGAUGCAACAGUUACAAACGGUUGUCUCUGGGCCAUUCCAGGGUCUCAUAAAAAUGGCCUUGUGAGGAGAUUUAUUAGAGAUGAGGACGGGGUUCACUUUGAUAAGCCGUCCCCAUCAUAUGACCAAAAAGAUUUCGUUCCUAUCGAAGUCAAAGCUGGCACUUUGGUUGUCAUUCAUGGUGAUCUUAUCCACCAGAGCUUCGAGAAUAAGUCUGGAAAAUCAAGGCACGCUUACAGUGUGCACAUAGUCGACACAGAUGGAUGCAAAUGGUCAGAAGACAACUGGAUUAGGAGGAAGACGAUUCCAGAACCCAUAUACAGCUCUUGACAUUCAUUUGUCUUCAGCUGUGCUGUUUUAGAAGCUGCUGCUGCUGUUUAUGUAUAUACAAACAUGAAACAUGUCAAACCUGAAUACUUGCAGUGACAGAAUCACACUUUUUAGUGUUAAAUCUCACAUGGAGAACAUUCAUAUGCUUACCGUACAACAUUAAAUAAACUUUUUAGAGGAA